AUGACACGUACUAUAAAAACCAACGUCAGCACUCCCACCGUCGCUACUUCCAAGAACGUUAAAUAUUUCUCCAGGAAAGCUCUUCCAACCGACCCAAGUCAUGUAAAGAAGGGCGGCGCUGGGAAGGGUAAUUGGGGUCGUCAAGUUGAUGACAUAGACGAAGGCAUGAUCGAUAGCAGUAUCGGGGUCUAUAAAGAAAAUGCCAAGGUAGCUAUCGGUUAA